AUGUCUGAGGAUGUAGAAAAGGCAUGUGAUGAUAUUCUUGCUCUAGGAAUUCUUGAUCAUGAGUACGGAAUCCCAAAACUUUGGCUGAAUUCGAGUGUAGUCCAAGACUUUGAUCUCGAAGACGAGUAUUACCAACUAAACCAGCAAUUGGCCACUGAGCUAGAUAAGCUUAUAUAUUUGAACAAGAAGAAGGAGCUUCAAGGAUCUUCUGCGGAGGAAAUUACGCAACAAUACGAAGAAGUGAUCCAACUCGAUCAGUUGAAAGGGCUUUCUAAUGAUGAAAUGGAGAAAUUCUUGAUAGCUCACACAGAGCACUUCAAAACAACAGCAUUAUUGAAUGAGUACUUGGCAUUGGCGCUUCCAUUGCUCCGAGCCAUCUACCACGGCAACUCCACGUUGGCAGAUUCGGAAUUCACAAUUCUCAACAACUUGAAAAAGCUCUACUCACAGUACAAUGACCAUCCAGCCAACAUUAGCAGGCUAAUGCGUGGGUACGAAGAUCAGAAUGGCCAUGUGGCUAAAGAGGCAGAGCUUCUGGCGCAGAUCGAGACGCUUUUUGCAUCGGCCGUUACAGAACACGUAAAACUGCUCCAUGAAUUGAACCAGGAGUACUUGGUGCUUCAAAACACUUAUACCAAUCAGGUCCAGUCGCAGACGGAUUCUAGUUCUGAAAUGCCAUCGGAGGUGAAGAAGCUCCGGACUGCAGUGGCGGGGUUGGCGAAGAAGAUAUCGUCGGUGUCGGUUCUAUGUGAUUUACUUCCCAAUCUUGUUCUAUGUCAGUCAUCCAAUUGGUACAAUGACAAGUCGCUUCGAGGAGUGGUGGAGGACUGUCAAGAUACGGCGGAGCAACUUUCAGAGAUCGUGCAGUUGAGCACACGGACCAUCAAAAGUGUAACGGUGGAGAGCAUUUUUAAGAUGGACUUUGAAGAGAUCGUAGAUACUAUGGGGAAGGUGGAGGUUUGA